GCUCACUCUCGCGUUAGUAGUGGCGGAGAUGGGGGCAGGAAGGAAAACACAAAUUUUCUACGUCAAUGGGACUCAGUCUUUCGUUCCAAAUUCACCUGUCAGUUCUGCGUGUGGCAGAAAUUUGAGAAAAGAUCAACUUGGUGGUGUAAUAUUUGGUUGCAAGAAUGCUACCAUCAAAGAAUGUUUAUCUAAGCAGCUUUUUGGCUUGCCGGCUCAACACUUCUCCUAUGUGAAGAAUAUUGAUCCAGGGCUGCCUCUCUUUCUGUUCAACUAUAGUGACAGGAAGCUUCAUGGAAUCUUUGAGGCUGCUAGCAAGGGGCAGAUGUCUAUAGACCCUUAUGGAUGGACUGCUGAUGGCUCAGAGAGAACACAGUAUCCUGCACAGGUGCAAGUUUGUGUUCGGCUCCAAUGCCAGCCACUCUCUGAAGAUAAAUUCAGGCCAGUAAUUGCUGACAAUUACUACCUUAGCAAUCACUUCUGGUUUGAGCUUGACCAUGGACAAACUAGAAAGCUUAUUUCCUUACUAGCAUCUUCAGCAAUUGGCCCGGGUACUUAUAUACCACAGAAUACAAUGAAGUGGAAAACCGUAUCUCGAUCUCUUCCAUCACAUGAAACUUCAGUGGAAGAUGAAGCAUUUAAAAAACUAACAUCAGAGGUAGAGCAAUCUACUCAAUCAACUAGCAGAUAUCAUUCUCCUGAAGUUGCUUCCAUGGAUGCUGAUAGGGAUAUCCAGCGAGAUUUUCAAGUGGUGUCAACGGAGGCAGAACAGGAUGAAAAAUCCCUUGUACUAAUGAAACUAAAAGAACUGGCUUUGAAUCGUGAAAGUCAAAACAUUUCUUUCUCAGACGAUGUGAAAGACACUCCUGAUGAGAAUAACCUGGACUCUGCUGAGAAGGGUUGUCUGGAGGCAUUAACUGGUUUGGAGAAGAGGGAAGAGUGUCCUAGUCCUCCGUUUGAGUAUCAGUGCAUCAUAGUCCAGUUGAUGCAAGAGGUCAAAGAAUUGACAGCUUUCAAGGAAACACAAACGCAGAAGUGCCGUUAUCUGGAGCAGAAGCUGGUGGACGCAGAAUUGGAAAUUCACGAUCUAAAAGAUCGCUGUACGAUAUUAGAAUCUGCAUGUAAUCUUUCUCUGGAGCAUGAGGAAAAGACAGUCAUUCAGUCUUCUGAUCAGCAGCAUUUGGACCUUAAAGAGUCAUUGUAUUUAAUAGGAGGCUACGAUGGAGAAUCCUUUUUAGCAUCUAUGGAUUUGUAUUGCCCUUCCCUGAACGUGAUGAAGCCUCUAAGGUCUAUGAGCUCAGUUCGCUCUUAUGCUUCAACUGUGCAAUUGAAUGGGGAGCUUUAUGUGUUUGGCGGUGGAAAUGGUAGUAUUUGGUAUGACACAGUCGAGUCAUACAGUCCAAUUUGUGAUAAGUGGACUCUGUGCCCAUCGCUAAAUCAGAAGAAAGGAAGCCUUGCCGGAGCUGGUCUAAGCAACAAAAUAUUUGCCAUUGGCGGAGGCAAUGGAAUUGAUUGUUAUUCAGAGGUUGAGAUGCUUGAUCUAGACAUAGGAAGGUGGAUCUAUAUUCGUUCAAUGCUUGAGAAGAGGUUUGCUCUCGCUGCAGUGGAAUCCAAUGGUGUUAUUUAUGUUACUGGUGGAUUUGAUGGAAAUGACUAUUUGCAGUCUGCUGAAAGAUACGACCCUAGGGAACAUCGUUGGACCAAAAUAGCCAACAUGAAUACAAAGCGGGGAUGCCACUCAUUAGUUGCCCUAAAUGACAAGUUGUAUGCUCUUGGUGGCUUUGAUGGAGAUGCAAUGGUUCCAAGUGUUGAAGUUUUUGAUCCCCGACUUGAGACAUGGAUGAUGGGGAAGCCCAUGAAUCAUCCUAGGGGUUAUUCUGCUGCCUCAGUUGUGAAUGAUUCAAUUUAUGUGAUUGGGGGAGUUAAAUUUGGCGAGAACAUCUUAGAUAAUGUUGAGAAUUAUAAGGAAGGUCAGGGAUGGCAAGAAAUUUGCACAACAGUCGUUGGCAAAAGGUGUUUCUUGUCAGCUAUUUCCCUGUAGAGUUAUGAGCCGCCCAAGGUUCAGACUGCAUGGAUAAGGCACAUUACUAACAUGACCUCUUUGAUGCUCUUCAUUGUUAAUCAGAGCGAUUGCUUGAUAUAUAUAUUGGUUGUAACUUUUUGGAUUAAUAGAUGGGUAUAUAUUUUGCAUUGACCUAACAUAAUGUCACUGGGAUUUU